UGAAGGAUUGUGACACUGUAAUGGUAUGUACUCCGCCAAAGGCAAGGAGCUGCUGUACAGGAAUGUCCUGCAUUUCCACCAUCUGUUUUCUUAAGCCUUCUGCCUGAGCCAAAAAGGAAGUCACCUGUGCACUGUCCACUCAGUUACUUUCCUAUGUGAUCUAACAAGGGUCAGUCUGGAGGUAAAAGCAUUGCUUCCCUGGCUGCUUCUUCGGGACUGGAUCUGUCAUCUGUGAAAAGUUUUGGAUGUAGGAUGCCUCUUGGCUAAACUUAGUAGCAAGCUAGAGCUGCUGCUAUGUAUUUAAGAUCUUCAUCCGUGGUGUUCCUUGGAGUCAUAUUGCACCUUACUGGUAAUGCUCUAUUUUUUACCCAUAUCAAAUAAACACAGUCUGUCCAGGUUGCUUGUAAAAUUAGGCUGAAUGAAUAGGAGUUUUCUUGCUGGCCAGCCUGCCUGUUAAGUCUGACAUGGAGAAUAUGGACAAUGUCAAUGGAACUCUUUAUGAAAAAGAGGAAAGUAUCUUGAAUGGUGAAGAUGAAAGAGAUCCCAAAGCUGCAUAUUUUGUGGAAACACCAUAUGGAUACCAGAUAGACCUGGAUUUUGUGAAGUAUGUUGAGGACAUACAAAAGGGGAACACCCUAAAGAAAGUCAACAUUGUAAAGAAGCACAAGUUUGGCUCACAUUUUUCAGAGGAGAGAACAGAACCCUGCCAGGCAAUUGGAUGGCCCUCCACAGAGUCUCUUUCUUCCUCUAACAGUGAUGAAAAUAAGCAGUCUCCUUCAAUAAUUGCCAGGCGACAUACUGUUUCUGGCUCUGCCAGAUCGUCUAAUUCUCAAGAGGCCACUUCAAACUUUUUGGCUAUCCCUGAAAACAAACCAUUGCCCCCACCAUCCCCUUAUCUGCCCAAACACAAUUUCCAUGUUACAUCAACACUAAUGGAAACUCGCCGCAGGCUGGAACAAGAAAAAGUCAUGCAGCUAGCUUCAUCUUUCAACGAUGUACGUCGGCCCAGACUGGCAAGUUUUGGAGGAAUGGGCUCAACUGGUUCCCUUUCAUCAUUCACUGGUUCAGUAGGGCACACAUCAGCUGCCCAGCAGCUUCAAAAUGGGCACCAAGUCAAUGGUGACUAUGGUGCCUUCUUUGCCUCAUCUUUUGGAAGCUCCAUCCGUCACAGUCCACUGAGUUCAGGAGUAGCAACACCAGUGACAAAUGUGAGUCCUAUGCAUCUCCAACAUAUCAGGGAGCAGAUGGCUGUGGCUCUUAAACGUCUGAAAGAACUUGAGGAACAGGUAAAAACCAUUCCUAUACUUCAGGUAAAAAUUUCAGUAUUACAGGAAGAAAAAAGACAGCUUUUGUCUGAAAUUAAAAACAAAAAAGGUAGCACCCAGAAUGAUGCCACAGGUUUCCGUAAAAGAUCCUACAGUGCCGGCAAUGCUGCUGGCUUUGAAACAUCUCGGACUCCAGUUAAGCCAGGUGGAGAGUUACAUAUAGAUUCUGAAGAGGAGAUAGAACCUCCUGAAAAAAAUACACACACACUUAAAGAGUUCAGACAACUGACAGCUGAGAUGCAGGCUUUAGAAAAAAAAAUCCAGGAUAGCAGUUUUGAAGCUUACUGUCCUUCACAGUCUAAAGAGAAGAAAUCUAAAGAAAAAUGUGGCCGUUCUAUUGCUGUUGGUGCUGAUGAAAACAUGAAUGAUGUGGUACUGUACUAUAAAUCUGCAAAACCCACUAGAGAGAUCUCUGUGGGCACUGAAAUAGAUGUAAGAAGUACUGGAGUGGGGGUUAAUGAAGAAAUGCUUGGGGUAACUACUGAUGCUGAAAGAGAAGUUGAACUCCAACAGCAGACUAUUGAAGCACUUAAAGAUAAAAUCUAUCGACUUGAAACAGACUUGAGGGACACCACCUAUGAAAUGGAAAUGACUAAACUGAAGUUGGAGAUACGGGCAGCAGGCUCAAGGAAAGGAGUAGACAAAGCCGUAAUGGCUCAGCCCUUAACUUGCAGUAGGAUGGUGGAGGCUGUAAUAGAAACCAGAGACCAAAACCAUGGAGGCUCUUUAGAUGUAGUUGACUGUUCUGUUGGUAGCUGCUUACAAACAAGUAGCAUUGGUGUUUCAUGUAGCCCUUUACUUCAAAAUGCUGCUGUGGGUCCUGACUUUCCUAUGACUCACUGGAUUGUUAAAGAGUGUGUAGAGACUUGUGACAUGGGUGUGGAGUUGGAUCUUAAGAUGUGUGACAAAUGUGUCGGUGUGGACCAGACCAUUGGUGAACCUGGGCAGUGCAUUGAGAAGGAUGUACAUAAGUUGGCUCAGUACAAGACUGUACCUAAAGAUGUGAAAUCUGUCGCUUGCGGAGAUUGUUCUGUGGAUGUUACAGUUAAACCAUUAUUGGAACAUUUUUCACGUGGUGUCAAUACAGAACUUCCUAAGAAAGUGGACUCUGCCAUCACUGUGUCUCCUUGGACUACAAACCAGGAAACAUAUACAGAAUUUGAGGUCUCCAACCAAUCCACCAACACAGAGGCACCAGGUCUUGUUGAUACAAGUACAAAUACUGUCUACAGCAUGUGCAGCAAACAUACCAACACUGAAAGUGUGGAAAUGCGCUCAGUAGCUAUUGGAGAUGGUAAAGUAAAGGAAAUCGAUACCAUACCAAAAACGCGUUCUAUUGGAAUAUGUACAUCAGAUUCAGAUUUUGAACAUCCUCAUUCCAUCCGAAAAACCAAAGAUUUUGGAGUAGGUCAAAUAAAUGUCUUUGAUAAUUUUCUGGUUGGAAUUAAGUCACGUAGUAUAGCCUGUGGACCUAGUGAGUCCGAGCCUGAACCAGUUUCUGCUAACACAAUAUCUGUAGCAGUUACAGCAGAGUCCUCAUCUUCAGUAAAGGAAAACGUAUCAAAUAUUGAAUCUCCAGCUAUAGACCAUUACAUUGAGAGAGUGCAGAAGCUGUUACAAGAACAACAGAUGCUUCUCGCCGAAAAUUAUACUGAACUGGCUGAAACUUUUGGUGAACCAUAUUCACAGAUUGGAAGUCUCAACACCCAGCUUAUCAGCACCAUCUCAUCCAUUAACUCUGUCAUGAAGUAUGGUAGCAAUGAAGAGCUGCCGAGCUUAGGACUGAAGAAACACUUGGAGCCAUCUUUGUUUCCAGGGUCUGAAGAGAAUCGCACGAGUCAGGCCAAAGUAUCUGCAGAAUGUUACGCUUCUAGUGCACAGACUGUUGACCGACCAGGAGUCUCCAAACUAGAGAGGCUGGACAUUGAAAAAGAUGGCGACGAGGUGUUCUCCUCUUCAACAAAUGUUGAGCUUGCCUGUGAAAAUACAGCUUCUUCUGUUUAUGUGAGCACACGGAGUCACAGUACUCUCAAGUCCAUCAUGAAGAGAAAAGAUGAGAAGAAGGAAUCCUCAAACACAAAGAAAAAUCUCCAGUUUGUUGGUAUCAAUGGCGGGUAUGAAACCACAUCUAGUGAUGAAUCAAGCUCAGAUGAAAGCUCAUCCACAGAGUCAGACGAUGAAUGUGAAGAAGAGGAAAGCUUUACUGCAGACUCUGAAGGGAUAAAACAGGGUGUGGCAAGUGGGCAAACAGAAGUACCCGAGAUAAGUGAUGCAGAGAAAGAGACCGAGAAAGUGGAAAUCCGAGAAAGAUAUGAAUUAAGUGAAAAGAUGCUGUCUGCCUGCAAUGUUCUGAAAGAGGCAGUGGAUGAUCCUCGGGCUUUAGCAAGUAAAGAAGUGAGGCUGUGCUUAAACACUAUUCAAAAUGAGUGGUUCCGUGUGUCAAGUCAGAAAUCCGCCAUUCCAGCCAUGGUAGAGGAUUACAUUGCAGCGUUUGUAGAGCUUUCCCACGCUGUCCUUUGCUACAUCAUCAACAUGGCCGAUGGCAAUGGGAACACAGCACUUCACUAUAGUGUAUCCCAUUCUAAUUUUGAGAUUGUCAGACUAUUGCUGGAUGCAGAUGUGUGUAACGUAAACCACCAGAAUAAGGCUGGAUACACUCCCAUCAUGCUCGCUGCCCUGGCAGCUGUGGAAGCAGCCAAGGACAUGAAAGUGGUAGGGGAACUCUUCGGCUGUGGAGAUGUCAAUGCCAAAGCCAGCCAGGCCGGCCAGACAGCUUUAAUGCUUGCAGUGAGUCAUGGGAGGAUUGAUAUGGUCAAGGCUCUCUUGGCCUGUGGUGCAGAUGUUAAUAUCCAGGAUGACGAGGGCUCCACAGCUCUAAUGUGCGCAAGCGAACAUGGACAUGUGGAGAUAGUCAAGCUGCUACUGGCCCAACCAGGCUGUAAUGCUGCAUUGGAGGACAAUGAUGGUAGCACAGCCUUGUCAAUUGCCUUAGAUGCUGGUCAUAAGGAUAUAGGAGUCCUUCUCUAUGCUCAUGUCAAUUUUUCUAAAGCCCCAUCACAAGGGACACCUAGGCUGGGCAAGAAGCUUCCAUCAAGUCCAACACAGAGAAGUCCAUUUGACAGUUAAUCUGGAGUCAGUGGUCACUUUGUUUCUACGCGGGAGCUGCUGCUAACCGUUACUGUGUCUUACGACAGUUACUGAAUGUACUUGUCUACGUGCCUGAUCGUACCAGCAGACUAAAGCAAUAGUUGCAUAUUGAUUUUAUGGAAUCCCUGGAGUCUUUUAACUGGAUCAAAGCUAUAUGUGGAGCACAAGCUUCUGGUCACCAAGACUUCUAUAGUGAUGGAAGCUAAAGCACACAACUCUUCCGAGAAAUUGUACAGUCAGUCAGCAAGUCUAUGAAAUACUACAUCAUGUGUCUAGUAAGAAACAUAUGGUUCCUUUGUAAAAGAGUGCCAUAGUGCCUUCUACAUUGUUCUAAGUGUAAUAUUUAUAUACAACACAUGCUCACCCUACUCUCCAGUCAGAGCAGAGUAAGAGAAUGUUCUCACAUGCCGCCCUUGGGCUGGCUAUAAGCUGUCAAUUAUAGAAAAGCCCUCAGUAGAUCUGAAUGGACUAAGUAAAGGCGUCCUGACUUUAUGUAUUAUGUAACUUUUAUAUUAAAGAAAAUGUUAUUUACAAAUGUUCAUAAAUUCAGUAUUUGCUGCAUAUUUUAUAAUCUGUAAAAGAAGAAUAUGGUGCAUGGCCUGCGGACAUGUGCUCUAUAUAUAUUUAUGUAUGUAUUUUUAAAUAUGUCUAGUACUAUGUAUUAAUAUCUAUAAAAUGUUAUCAAAAUCACAAGUCUUGGUCACGCAGUAUGUAUGUCUCUUGAUAAGAAGUAUAAGCUGUUCUCGCCUGCAUAUUUAUAUAAUAUAGACUGUCUUUCCUCUUAUAGAUGUGUAUUUUUAAGCGUUUGAAGUGCCUUAGACUCUUGCCAUAUUUUCUCAAUAAACUUUCAUCAUGUGGUUUUUAUUCAGUUAAAUAUUUUAUCCUUUUGUGCAUCAGGGAUUUUAAAGGGGUUUCUCAUCUAGUAAGUUAUUACAUAUAACUGGGAAUUUGUCUACCAAACCAAAAUGAAGGGGACAAGACUGCUGGUUUAGUGAUUUUGUCCCCAUCAUUUUUCCCUGCUCAGUGGUGCUCCCCGCCACCUGGCUGUGCAGACCACUACAAAAUAUCCCCAUUCACUUGAAUAGCAACACACUGCAGUUUCCUGCACAGCAAUAUUCAGGGUACCGCCAUGCAGCAAUACCAAUGAAAGACACUGCACAGGUCAAACCCAAUCUAUUGUAAAAUAAUGGCAUAUCCUUGUAAUAUGCCAACAUUUUGAGAUGAGAAACCCCCUUUAUAGUAAUAGAAUGAAAUUAACAUGCCUUUACAAUGAGUAGUAUUGAGUUUAACAUGUGACAAACCCUUGUAAAUAUAUGAACAUGCCUGUAUAUAGAAAUACAAAGCAGUGGCAAAAUGUACAUAUAUUAAUGGGGUAUUACAGAUAAAAAAAAGUUUAUAUACAAAUGAAACCACAUUGGCAAUAUAUUUUAUACCUCCAUAUAAUGUUAUAAGUACUCCUAUGACAUUUUUGAGAUCUGAUUUUAAUGACAGGCAAUGCAGGCUCCUGGGGGUAUAAACUGUGCUCGGCAAGUCUCUAGUCACAGAAAAUAUCCAUUUGGUAUAGGCCUGUUGUGUGGGUAACUGUUUCCCAAGCCCCAAAUGCCCCGUGACAUCCGGCCUUGCAAGCAGAGAAAUUUUACUUCAUUUGGCCUGUGGCUUCGGCUGGAAAUGCACAAUGGUCGCUGACAGGCAAUAUAAAGUGAAAACAAUUCUUUGCUCGUAAGAGAGAUUUCACAUGGGAGGAGGGCAUUUACUCUGAAGAUCCAGGAUGGACCUCACUGUGCAAGCUACUUAAUUUGUAUAAUAAGAAAAAAAAAGGAAUAAAAGAAGAAAGAAGCAACAGAUUAGCAAACGGUAAGUUCCAUUGUCAUCAGUGUCACCCGCACUACAAGCUUAUACCAAUAGAUUAGUGUGGGUGAUGCAGAUUCCCUUUAAGGCCAUGUUCACAUGGCCGAUUCCAUGCAAAAUGUCUGCCACAAAAAACAAACUUUCUGCACAUUUGAAUCAUCCAGCGGGCACUAGGACCGCUUGGAAAUGUGCUGUCUUCUAGACAGCAGUACAUUUCUGAGCUGAAUCUGCAGAAAUAAUAGACAUGACUUUUCUUUCUACAGAAAUUCCACAGUGUGCACCAUGCAGCAGAAUCCCAUUUAAAAAUUCUGCCAUGUGAACAUAGCUUAAGCAUAGCAUUAUGCACUGUGCAGAUUUCUGCAUCAAAAACCACUUACUGUCACUUUAGGAAAUGCCAGCCCAAUUGAAAUCUAUAGAAGACUGCAAACCAUGGAAAAAAGGCGAGAUGUGUUGCUACUUUUUUGGCUGUUACUCUCUGAAGCUUCAGUUGAAACAUUUUGCCCAAGUGCACGUACCCUUAGUUUCCUCCUUUUUGUUGGCUUAAACUUACAAAGUUUCUGGCCAGUUUCUACAGUAAAUAACAAUAUAUUUUACACACUUGGCUACAACCUUGAACCUAGUAUUUUGUAAAUCUCAGCAGUUCAACACUGCUACCAAAUGACUCAUAGGGGAAGUUGUAAAGACACUAGACCAAUGAUGGCGAACGUUUUUGAGCCCAAGUGCCCAAACUGUAAUGCACACCAACUUUUUUUCCCCUCAAAGUGCCAGCACAGCAAUUAAAUUAGAAUACUGAGGUUUAAGUUUAGAAAAAACAACUUAGGUAGGCAAUAUGUUUUGCUACAUUAGGUUGCAGUUCCCCCACAUUAGGUUGGCAGUAUAGUUCCCCCACAUUAGGUUGGCAGUAUAGUUCCCCACAUUAGGUUGGCAGUAUAGUUGCCCCACAUUAGGUUGGCAGUAUAGUUGCCCCACAUUAGGUUGGAAGUAUAGUUCCCCCACAUUAGGUUGGCAGUAUAGUUGCCCCACAUUAGGUUGGCAGUAUAGUUGCCCCACAUUAGGUUGGCAGUAUAGUUGCCCCACAUUAGGUUGGCAGUAUAGUUGCCCCACAUUAGGUUGGCAGUAUGUUCCCCCACAUUAGGUGCAGUAUAGUUCCCCCACAGACAUACAGCCUUCAGCUAUAUACAGUGUAUGGCUGGAGGCUGUAUGUCUGUGUACUGCCUCACAGUGCUCCGUCCACUGCUCCUCCAGUCAUGGGUCACGAUCUACUGUAGCAGUAGGUCCCGGGACCGGAAGAGUGUUGGUCAGAACAUCGAAGCUGAAGUGUAGCUGGUAACUUGCCAUGUCGGCCAGCGCACAUCCUCCUCGAUGCUCCGCUCCUCCGUUCCUGUGGGCACACGCACGGGACGUCAGUGACGUCCCUGCGUGCGCUACCUCUCAGCAGCCCCUGCGUUUUUAAAGUUACGCGGUGUCGCAGAAAGGUAACCAGGACAUCUUGUGUCUCGAAAAGAUCUUUCGGGAUACAGGGAUGUACCAGUUUGCCCUGCCUGGCGAACUAUGGCCGCGUGCCCACAGAGGGGGCUCGGCGUUCCACAGGUUCGCCAUCACUGUACUAGAUGAUGGUAUAGUACUGGGGCCUUCUAAGAAUCACAUGAUGGUUGUCAAGUAAAUUUCAUGUUUUGUAAACCACAUACGUUCCUUCAUCUGCUGUGAUAUUAUACAGCCAUCAUUCAUUAUAAUAUUAAUAAUAGCCGCUCUUAAAGCCAUUAAUGUGCCAUUAUUCUGCCUCAUAUGCUCACUAAACCAGAAUAACCAGAUGUAUGAAUGUUAUUUCACAUAUGUCAUCUUUAUAAUAUACAGUUUAAUGUAAAAUAUGUAAAUAAAAAGCUUGUUAGUUACACAUAAUGCACACUAAAGAUCAUUUGCUUUUUUUAUUCUCUCUAUGUAGCCGUGUUUCAU